AUGAAUUCCAGAAAAAGUUUAAAUUAAAUCUGAUGAAGCAGUUUCAGUUCUUGAAUGGAGUGAUAAUAAACCUGGGAACCCAAACACUCUUGAAUGAGAUCUACACAGAGCUCUACAUCACAGAGGGAGACAGUGGAAACGUCAAUAAUGAACAUGAGGUGAGACAGAUUGAAGCAGCGUCCAGGAGAACAACAACAGAGGAAACACCAAUCAAAUGCAAUGACAUCUUUAAGCCCUUAUCUGAACAAGACAAACCCAUCAGAUCUGUGCUGACAAAGGGAGUCGCUGGCAUCGGAAAAACUGUCUCUGUGCAGAAGUUCAUUGUGGACUGGGCUGAAGGAAAAGCAAAUCAGGAAAUCCACCUCAUAUUUCCACUUCCUUUCAGAGAGCUGAAUUUGAUAAAGGACCAGAAACUGAAUCUGAUGGAGCUCCUUCAUGUCUGUUUUAAAAAAACAAAAGAAACAGAAAUGUCCAUUUGGGAAAAGGUUCUGUUUAUUUUUGAUGGAUUGGACGAGUGUCGUUUUCCUCUAGAUUUCCAGAACACAGUGAGAGUGUGUGAUGUAACUGAAUCUGCAUCAGUGCCUGUGCUGCUGAUAAACCUGAUCAAAGGGAAUCUGUUUCCCUCUGCUCUCAUCUGGAUCACUUCCCGACCUGCAGCAGCUAAUCAAAUCCCCUCUGAGUGUGUCCAUCGAGUCACAGAGGUACGAGGGUUCAAUGACCCACAGAAGGAGGAGUACUUCAGGAAGAGGAUCAGUGAUCAGAGCCUGGCCAAUAAUAUCAUCACACACCUGAAGUCAUUAAGAAGCCUCUACAUCAUGUGUCACAUCCCAGUCUUCUGCUGGAUUUCAGCCGCUGUUCUAGAGAGAAUGUUGGGUGAAGCAGAGAGAGGAGAGAUCCCCAAGACUCUGACUCAAAUGUACACACACUUCCUCAUCAUUCAGAUAAAAAUCAUAAGAGAAAAGUACUCAACGCAGCAGGAGAAUGAUGAGAAAAUGCUUCGUAACCUGGGAAAACUGGCUUUUGAGCAGCUAGAGAAAGGGAACCUGAUCUUCUAUGAGGAAGACCUGAGAGAGUGUGGCAUUGAUGUGAGAGAAGCAGCAGUGUACUCAGGUGUGUGUACGCAGUUCUUCAGAGAGGAGUUUGGGCUUCACCAGAGUAAAGUGUACUGCUUUGUUCAUCUGAGUAUUCAGGAACACCUCGCAGCUCUGUAUGUGCACCUGAUGUUCAGGAUGAAGAAGAGAAAUGUUCUUAAAAAGAGUCAAGCUUUUACAUUUCAAAUUACAGUUUUAGAUUUUCACAAGUGUGCUGUAGAUGAAGCUUUAAAAAGUCAGACUGGACAUCUGGAUCUUUUCCUUCGCUUUCUUCUGGGUUUCUCACUGAAGUCCAAUCAGAAACUCUUACAGGUCUUAAUAACACACACAGGAAGUAGCUCCCAGAGGACACAGGAAACAGUUCAGUUCAUUAAGGGGAGGAUCAGUGAAGAUCUUCCUCCAGAGAAAUCCAUCAAUCUGUUUCACUGUCUGAAUGAACUGGGUGAUAAUUGCCUAGUGGAGGAAAUCCAACACUAUCUGAAAUCUGGAAAACAAAGUGAACUCUCUUCACCACAGUUGUCUGCUCUGGUGUUUGUGUUACUGACAUCAGCACAGGAGCUGGAGGAAUUUGACCUGAAUGAAUAUUUCAGUCCAGAUCAGAUAACAGAAACUGUUUUUCUGAAGCUGAUGCCUGUGAUUGCAACAUGCAGAAAAGCAAUUAUCAGGUGUGAUGAAGUUGGAGUGAACAGUUGUUCAGCUCUGGGUUCAGCACUCAACUUAGAAACCUCCAAUCUGACAGAACUGCAUCUGACUGUGAAAACACUGAAUCUGUCCAACAGUAAACUAGGAGACUCAGGAGUAAAGACUCUCUCUGCUGUACUGGAGAAUCCUCACAGUAAAGUGGAAAGUCUGAGGUUGUAUAAGUGUGGUGUCUCAGAUGAAGACUGUGCUGCUCUGACUUCAGCUCUGAGAUCAAACCCCUCACACCUGAGA